AUGGGAAAGGGGAAGGCUGCCGUCCCCCGCACUUUUGUAGCUUCCUCCUGGCGCUUCCCGCCCUUCAACCGCCCCUUCCAACCGCCUGGCUUUUGGCCCCCACCGUCCAUCAAGGCGGGUGUCAUUGGCCGAACAGAGGCAACAGGUUCUGGGCGCGAGCUGCUAAUUUGGGCGGCCGACCAGCGGGAAGGCGCCAAUCAGUGGGGUUGGUGGAGGCGGCAUCGCGUGUGGCAGGCAGGCAGGCUGCAGGCGGGCAGCCACUGCAGGCCCCAAAUCACCUGCCCCGUCUGGCGCUGUUGGCACGUCGCACAAGGCUUUGUCCAGGGCCUGGAUCUGGCCGGUGAGCCGGGCGCUUAG